UUUUACAAGCUGUUGCAUGCAGCCUCCUCCACAACGCGUAGGUGAAAGCAGAAGGAAGAUGAGAGGAGAAGAGAGGUGGGGAGCUGCAGCUAACCGGGAAUGAAGGCGCUAGAAUGCCCUGUGAGACGGUGUGGAGGACCCGCCACAGUUACGCACGCAAGAAAAAGUGAUUUAGAAUCGGACCUUGGUGUUAAGUGUCGUCGUUUUGGCUGAGAGAGAGAAAAGUUUGCAUCUAGAAGUAGUUUUUUAUUAACCAGCAGAGAUGAGACUGAACUUUUCUACAAGUUGGAUAGUCCGUGGCUGGAUAACAUGUGUCCUUGUCACCUUUUACGCACAGAAUGCUUUCUCCAAAUCCCACCAGUGUGAAGAAACACAUUACUUAAGAAACAACAGAUGCUGCAAGAAGUGUGAACCAGGCUUCAAAGUGUUUUCUGACUGCACUGAUUCCCAAGAGACUAUAUGUGUUCCCUGUAAUCGUGAUGAAUAUCAGCCCGGCUUGACUGAUGACAAACGCUGUCUUCAGCAGAAGUUCUGUGACCAAGAUAAGGGUUUUAUGAAGAGGCCUGACAACCCAGUGGCAGAGGAGCAGUGUCACUGCGUUCCUGGCUUACAGUGCCAUAUCAUCAACUGUGAGUACUGUGAGAGGAUACCCAUCUGUGAAGCUGGAUAUGGACUCGAGGAAGACCCUGAGUCUAAAGUAAGGAAGAUCUGUGUCACGUGUAAGAAGGGCUUCUUCUCUGCUGAAAACAGUGCCGAACAAUGCAAACCAUGGACUAAUUGUAAGGCUGACGGCAGGAGUGAAUUACAGCCAGGUAGCGCUCAUGCUGACGUAGUGUGUGGACCGCUUGUCUCCGGUGCAGCACCAUCCUGGGUUAUAGUUUCAGUGCUGUCAGUCAUCACUGUUCUGUGUCUCCUCAUCCUGCUUCUUUUCUGCUACAAGGACAAACUGAAAUUACUCUCUGUAAAUCUGCGAUCCUGUGUCCAGAAUUUGAAAAGGACUAGGAUACAACAGGAGACCUUGGCCCCUCUUUACCACAGUGGAGCAGGAGGAGGAAUAGGAGGAGGCCCUGGAGGCCCCAAAUGUACACCAUGUGAGACGACCAAACUCAUCUGCCAAGCACCCCACAGUCCCGCUGAUGAGACCCCAUGCACCUUCCCCACCUCUGUUCCCGAUGUCAAGGUCUCACUGCCCAUCACAGGGGAAAUGACAGAGGGAGAAGGCACCAAGGGGAAGACAGUGAUGGAGGAACAGAGCAAAGGGUCUGGAGGACCUGAGGAGGUGUCAGAAGAAGAGGAGGUCGUGAGUGUGUCUCCUCUUUUGGCAGGUUCUUGUGUGUGUGUCAUUCCCAUCCACGAGCCAUUGGAAGUGGGAGAGAAUGAGGACUGUAGCCAAGCUGUCAGCCCCGGGACUCCAGGGACCUGCUCAUGUGGAGGGUUUGAUGGAGAGAGGGAUGGAGAUGAGAGUGGGAAAGAGGAGAAAAGUGAGAGUGUAAGGGCAGACAAUGGUGGAGAAAAGCAUGAUGGGAAUCCAGACAAGAUGGUUUUGUCCAAGAGUGAGACAGGUGUUGCAUCUCUCUUCUGUCUCUCUCCUCCACUCCUCCACACCUCCUCUGUAAUCUCUCCAUCCGGUCCACUUCCUGAACUCUGCCGGCCGUUGUGCCAGGCUCAGGUGAGGCCAGAGUUCACACUUCACCUGACGGACAGGUCAGUGGUAAAGCAGGAGAAAAUAUACAGACUGGCGAGUACAGACUCCACUUCAACAGAAAAUAGUACAACCUCUGCGAUGACCUCGGUCAGCCCCUUGAUCAUUUCCUCAUCGGUUGGAGAUCUCUACCUGGACAAGCCCGCUGAUGCCUCGAGCCUGGAGAAAGGCCAGGGACUUUCCUGCGGGGAUAGCAGAGGAAACAAGCUCUCUUCUCUGGAGUCAGGACUGGAGUGCGCACCUGAGAGCCUCCAUAGUCAGCUGGCUGAACCAACUUUUACUUCAGGUCAGGUGUCCGGGAGCCACAACACCACCUUCAUCUCCAGUGGUCAGGUGAUGAACUUCAGCGGUGAUGUCAUUGUCGUCUAUGUCAGCCAGACGUCUCUUGACAGUGACGGGGUGGGGCAGGACGAUGCCUUUGGGAGCCCUGUCCAGGAAGAGGCCAAUGAGACGGCCUCAUUUUUCCAGAGCUGUCUGAGAUCACAAGGGGACUCCAUUUCCCACUGCACCAUGCAAGACGAGACACUGCCAGUCCAGGAAGUGAUGGAGGAGCGGCCUUUGGGGAAGUGAAAAGUGCCCAUUGGUUGUUUAUUUGUCAGUACAGCGAUCAUCUUCAUAACCAUCAGUUGUAAAAAAUGACUUCUGAUUAUUUCUGUUGGUUACGUCACCUUUUGUAUCUUAGCUCCCAAUUAAUGUACAAAUAACUGAAAAAAACCCAACACAAUUUGUCUGCCAUACCAGAAGAACAAGGGAGGGAAUGCUUUUGAUUAAAAUGAGGCAAUGAAAUAUUUCCUAUUUCACACAUCAGUCACUGAAUCUUGCCUCAGGCAUCUCUAAAGUGCCUUUUUUUCAUUUUCCAGUAAAAAGCUGCAGGCUUUUUCAAAUGGAAACUCCCUCCAUUCCAGACAAUGAUGGGAAAUUUUGUUGGGAAUUGGAUGUGGAACUGGAGUUCAGGCUGAAAGAACGUCAUGUUUUUAUUUUUGUAUGGAAAUUGCAGCCGGGUCUUGAUACGUAGGACUUACUACAUUUUUUCAUUUCCCACCUUCCAUGAUUGAAUAGCCCAGGUUAAAGUCUGUAGACUCUAAACCACUCUAAAUUUGACAUUUGGAUGAUUUCAAGAGUUUCCUUACACAACAAAAUAUCCACCAUGUGGAAAUAAUUGAGUUUGCGCUCACAAAAUCAUGCCAUGAAAGUGAAUAUUUGUAACAUAGAAAAUUCAAUCAAUUUGCUACAUUAAGAGCUGGCAGGGUGGAGUCAAAAAAAAAAAAAAAAGGUUGAAGGUGGUGAAUCUAAAGCAUUUCACCGAGUGAAUUUUCUUCUCUCUUCUCUUUGUUUGGUUUGCAGGGUUUAACAAAAGCUAUUUUACAGUAAAGAGACACAUUCAGUUUUGAUACGAUGCUUGUUUAUUCUGUAUGUAGACUUUUGUACUCUUUUCUUAUUGCACCACAAGUGCAGUUUGUUUCUAAGAAAAAAUGCUAUGCAUUUGAUAAGCUAUUUUAUUAUUACUGGUUUGUUUUGUUUCAUUAUGUUUUAAUGUUCAAGGCUUAAUGAAGAAAAGUAAAAUGUCAGCCUGUUUAUAUUUAGUUUUAAUUAAUUUCACAAAGUAGAUUGUUUAUGUAUUAUUUCAGAAGAUGCAUAUGUGAUCAAUGUUUGUAUAUAUUUCAAAAGAAGCUUGAUGUUAUUGUGAAAUAAGAAUGAAUAUUCUCUUUGUGCUUCCACUCAUUUGAUUUAUGGUGUGGAUUUGUUAAGUGGAGCCAAUAACAGCAGUCAAAACGCAUAGCGAAAGGGAGUUAAAAGGGACCUGUUCAAUUACAACCUCGCUAUAUGUAUGCAGCCUUUCAAUAAUAUGUACAUAUCAAUCAGACCUAUUGCAAUGAAUGACUGAAAGACUAUUGUGAUUGAAAUUAAAUAUGUUUUGCAUCUAA